AUGGGCAACGAAGACGAAUCUACGGUCGAGGGCCAAACGGAGCCUCCUAUAUGUGGCCUCAAGAGUCCCCCCACUACGCUUGAGGUGGAAUCCGAGAAAGCAUCAACUUUGCGAUUGAGUGUUGCUUUUGCCCCGGAGUCAGCCCAUACAUUUCCUGCCAGCGACAUCUGUGCAUUUCUCAAUACCGAUAUCAAAGAUGGCCUCUCCAACAUCGAAGCUACAAAUCGCCUCCAGAAGGAUGGACCGAAUAAGGUGGAGGGAGCUAAAGGCGUAUCGCUUUGGACGAUUCUCUUGAGACAGGUCUCGAAUAGCUUGACGCUUGUUCUUGUUAUCACGGCAAUAUUGUCGUUCGCCAUAAACGAUCACAUCGAAGGCGCAAUCAUAUGCGCUGUGAUCCUCCUCAACAUUGUUGUGGGAUUCAUCCAAGACUAUCGCGCGGAACAAACCAUUCAGGCACUUUAUGCUCUGUCUGCCCCUACGUGCAAAGUCAUCAGAGAUAGUCGAACCGAGACCAUCAAAGCGGAAAGCCUUGUUGUUGGUGACAUUGUUAUGCUGGGGGUCGGCGAUGUAAUCCCGGCCGAUCUACGCUUAGCCGACAGCAUCAAUAUGUCUACAGAUGAGGCGCUCCUGACUGGCGAGUCUCUCCCCGUGAGUAAGCAUUCAGAGCGCAUCCUGCACGAGCAAGAUGUGCCCCUCGGAGACCGCACCAACAUGGUCUACUCGGCCAGCACAGUAACCCGAGGACGAGCGACUGGCAUUGUCACAGCUACAGCCAUGGCUACCGAGGUUGGCAAGAUUGCACAUCUCUUAAGGCAAGCCAAGAGGAGCGGUGAAGGCAAAACAGGAUUUGCUAAGUUUGUCUUCCACUUCAAAGAGAAGGUUCGGGUUCUCCUCGGUCUUGACGGCACUCCCCUCCAGAUUUCUCUAAGCAAGUUCGCUUUGCUGCUCUUUGCGCUUGCCAUUACACUUGCGAUCAUUGUUUUCUCGGUCAGUCGUUUUAGGGUCAAUGACGAGGUCCUUAUUUAUGGCAUUUGCGUUGCAGUGGCCGUUAUUCCUGAGUCCUUGAUUGCGGUCUUGACUAUUGCGACGGCAUUAGGGACUAAAGCCAUGGCCAGGGGAAACGUCAUUGUGCGAAAAUUGGCGGCUCUUGAAGCAGUUGGCGGUGUCACGAACAUCUGCUCUGACAAAACUGGCACUCUAACCCAAGGAAAGAUGAUCGCUAAAAAGUUGGAGUCAAACUUUGCUGUGGAGUCCCCAACUUUCAAAGUCUUCCUGGAAACCAUCGCGCUUUGCAACAAUGCGGCCGUCGCUCAAGAUGAAAGAGGUGCCUGGAGUGGACUUGGUGAACCGACAGAAAUUGCCCUGCAGGUAUUCUCUACACGCUUUGGAAUGGGAAAACUGGACUUGCUCAAUACUGAGGACAUUCACCUGGUAUCGGAGUUCCCAUUUGAUUCGUCAUGCAAGAGAAUGACAGUGGUUUAUGGUGGACAGAGCAGUUCGCAACUUUCGGCAUAUACGAAAGGCGCCAUCGAAGCUAUCCUACCAUUCCUCAAUGUCUCAGACGAGAAGCGAACUGAGAUUAAUUUGAGAGCAGACCGACUUGCCGCUGAAGGAUUGAGAGUUCUUUGCGUGGCAAGACGCUCAGCAACCUCGGACCGGCUGGACGAGCGAGACAAGGCCGAACGCGACCUUGACUUUGUUGGCCUCGCCGGCCUUUACGAUCCACCACGCGUUGAAAGCGCGCCUGCUGUACAGAAAUGCCAACUGGCUGGUAUCACUGUCCAUAUGCUUACAGGAGACCAUGUCAAGACAGCAACGGCUAUCGCUAAGGAGGUCGGUAUUCUGAAGGGAGACAUAGCUUCGACGCAAGGCAGCACUGCUAUCAUGCAAGCUAGUGCUUUCGACGCUCUCACAAACGCCGAGAUUGACGCCAUGGAAUACCUACCUCUAGUUUUAGCUCGAUGCAGUCCUUCGACCAAGGUUCGCAUGGUCGAGGCCAUGCACCGCAGAAGAGCUUUCUGUGUCAUGACAGGUGAUGGUGUAAACGACUCACCAGCCCUGAAGAAGUCCGAUGUUGGUAUUGCAAUGGGUCUUAAUGGCAGUGAUGUGGCAAAAGAGGCCGCAGAUAUGGUCCUCACUGACGACAACUUCGCCUCGAUAGUCACCGCUGUCGAGGAAGGAAGGAGACUGUUCGACAAUAUCCAGAAGUUUCUUCUACACCUCCUCAUUUCGAACAUCGCGCAAGUCAUCCUCCUCCUGGUUGGCUUGGCAUUCAAGGACCACUCUGGCGCUUCUGUGUUUCCGUUGUCGCCUAUCGAGAUUCUUUGGGCUAAUCUAGUAACAUCUUCGUUCCUGGCGCUUGGAUUGGGUCUAGAAGAUGCACAGCCUGAUGUUAUGCGACGCCCUCCCCAUGACCUCCGGGUUGGUGUGUUCACACGUGAACUAAUCACAGACAAGUUUGUCUACGGUACUGCUAUGGGUUGUUUGUGCCUGGCUACGUUUACGAGUGUCGUGUACGGCGUAUCCGGACCCGAAUUUCUCGGUGAUGACUGCAACGAGGGGUGGAAUGAUUCCUGCCGAAUCGUCUUCCGUGCUCGGGCGGCUACAUACGCCACUCUUACCUUCUUGUUGUUGAUCACAGCAUGGGAAUGCAAGCAUUUCACCCGCUCGUUGUUCAACAUGCACCCUGAAGCAUACCGUGGCCCUUUCUCGGUGUUCCGAACUGUAUGGCAAAAUAAGUUCCUCUUCGGUGCGCAGACCGCCGGUUUCAUCAUCGUCUUUCCAGUCGUGUACUUGCCGUUCGUGGACCACGAAGUCUUUAAACACGGAGGAAUCGGCUGGGAGUGGGGUCUUGUGGCUGGUUCAGUGGUCGUGUACGUUGCCAUCGUCGAGAUGUGGAAAGCCAUCAAGCGCCACUACGGAAUCGGAGCCGCGAAAAUUGUCGGUGACGAUAAUGGGAGCGUUGUCUAA